AAAAUGGGAUAAACAAUAUCAACAGAGAAAACUGCUUUUACGAACGAAAAAAACUAAACUACUUAUGAUUCCCUGGAAGCGUUUGAGUAGAUAAUUACAUGUCUUUAAAUAAAUAAAAAAAAUCAAAGAUAUUGUAAAAAGCAUAGAUUGCGAGGAAAAAAAAUAUUAAAAACGAAAAAGCACAACUGAAUUUCAUUUAUUUUAAACCAAAUACAUACUAUUCGUGAUUUAUGGAGAAAAAAAAUUUUACGAAAAUUCGUGUUUAAUUUUUUGGGGUCUUAUAUCUUGAAACUUGAAAAUCAAGGCUAUCCAAAAAGUUUGAAUUAUAUAGUUGGGAAAAUUAGAUUGGAAGAGAAUUUUUUAAAAAUAUUUUCGUGUCAACUGGAAUUAAAACUUUCUCACCAUGUUUGGAAGAUUUCCAUCAAUAUGUAUUCUAUUUUGUUUGGUUUCAAUCUCCAUUUUCAAGUUUAGUGCAAGUGCAGACGAACGAAGACCCGUAUACAUUAUAGGGCACAUGGCAAAUAGCAUAGAAGACGUGAUACCAUUUUUGGAUGAAGGAGCCAACGUCUUAGAGUCCGACAUUCAGUUUUUUCCUAAUGGUUCAGUUAAGGAGGUUUAUCAUGGUUGUCCGGGAGAUUGCUUUAGAAUAUGUGAUAAACAUGUGCAAUUGCCAGAAUACUUGACAUACUUACGGGACAUAACAGAUCCUUCAGCAAAAAAUUCUUACUACAAUAAACUGAUCAUGCAAUUCUUUGAUUUGAAAUUGGAUUCCUCCGAAGAUAUUCGGACUUCAGGGCGUGAAAUUGCACGACACAUAUUAGAUUACUUAUGGACGGAUGGCAAAAGAGAACGAGAGGUAAGGGCACUAAUUUACAUAAACGAGGUGGAUAAAAAAGAUGCGAUUGCUGGAUUUCUGCAAGAAUUUAAAGACAGGAAUCAAGAAUCUCGUCUAACGGAUAUUGGAUUCGACGGCGGUCUUCAAGACAUUUCUGACAUUCAAGAAAUGUUUCAAGAGCUAAAUGUGUCGAACAUUUGGCUUGGCGACGGUACCACAAACUGUUUCAGUGCUCUUCAUCCAGUUCAGCGCCUGAAAGCUGAAAUCAAUGUCAGAAACUCUGGUGGAUUCAUAAAGAAAGUUUAUGAAUGGACAAUUGAUCUGAAAUUUAAAUUGAGGAGUUCUUUGGAUUUAGGGGUUGAUGGUUUUAUAACGAAUGUUCCACGAAACCUGGUCGAGGUGCUGAACGAGUCAAAAUACAAGAAAAGUUUUCGGCCUGCAACGGUAUCUGACCCACCCUUUGCAAGAUUUCAAGGAUAGUUUAUAACUUUUUAGUUGGAGAAUUUUGUUGAUAUAAAGAUGUUUUUCAAAGCUCUUUUGUCAUGAAAAAUAAAAUAAAUCACUGUUUGAGAGUCUUAAA